GUGGCGGCGACCGAAGCAGCUGCUGUGGGGAGGCGGCGGCGGCUCGGUCCCGAUCGGGUCCCGGUCUCGUUCGGUGCUCUCGAAAUAAAGUUGACCAAGAACUGGAACCAGAUGGCAUCUGUGCUCCGGAAUGUCAAAGCAACAGUGGUGUGGCAGAAACACCAGCUCUUAGCUGACCUUAGUGAGAAUGAGAGCCCUAUGCCUGACAAAUUCAAGAGAAGGGCCUUUCUGAGUUCUCUCAAUACCAUUCGCAUGUCUUUAAGAAAACGGGCACCAUUAAAGCGAGUAGAGCUGCGUUUUCAUAAAACCCCAACUAGGGGAAGUCCAGAACGAAGACAGAGGUGCCAAACUCUUCAGACAAUUAAAAGAACAGCAAAAUAUGCUUUUGGAACAGUGUCCCAGAAAAUACAGAAGACUUGCCAAAGCCCAGUAUGCUCAGUGGUGACCUUUCCAGCUGAAUCCAUCAGCAGAAGCUGUGCGACAAGUUCUACCACAAAAAGAAGUGCUACACCUCAAACACCUUGCUAUAAGAGCAUUACUCCAGCAACCAGUUCUAAAGGCACUCCAAGUUCUGGCAAAAAGGCCUUGCUUGGACCAACAAGGGCACCAGAACAUAGAGAAUGGAGGGAUUUCUCAUCCUGGCUUGGUAAAAAUGCUGUCUCUCUCCGGAGAUCCAGAAGAGCAGCAGCACUGAAGAGCCCUUAUUCAUCACCUGCUCCUUCCAGCAGAAAGAUAGAGUUUGAUUGCGAGUUGGAACUGGUCUCAUCAGGGAUUUGCCAGUUGAAGCGUAUCUCCCAAGCAUUUGAUGAUGCCAUUGUGAAAGAGGAGAGGAAACAAGCAAUAUCAAACUACUACUAUCUAAUGGCACAAAACUCACAGUCUGUACAUCAAUCCCUGAAACCAUCUCAAGCUAUCAGAAGGCAAGCAAAGAAGCUCCGUCAAGUGCUUGGUACCUAGACAGAGAUGGCUGUAACUAUUUUUUCAUGUUUCCAAAUUUGAGCACGUAUGAAGGAGAUGUCUGUAUAGCACCUGAAAGGCUGCACUCUAUAUACACUUAAUGAGCUGUUACCCUUUUUUUUUUUUUUAUGAAGCAGCUCAGGACUUCCCUUGCUUUCUCUUUUCAAGUAAAGAGUGAAUCAAAAUGGUACCAACCACAGUGCAUCAUCUCCCACUGAGAUGAGGGAACCACCCUGAAAGUGACUUUCAUGAGACAGUUAAGAACCUAGAAACUGAUGCUGAACUGGCCAGAAAGAAUGGCGAAAGCAAGGGCUUAUGAUAGAUUUAUGAAGGGUAAUUCUAGGUAAGAGCAGUGUUUAAACUGGUAUCCAGCAGCCAUGAGAUUUAGCACAAAUACUUUCCAUGUUAAAAAGAUUGGCCUAUUAUUUUGAAAGCCUAACUUGUUAUUUUGGGUUUUUUUGUUGCUAUUGGCAAACUAGAAGUUAUUCAUCAUGUUAGCUGGAAGUUAAUAAAACACUAGUGGCUUCUUUGAGUUCUAAGCAAAACUGUCAUUCCAAAGCAUCAGGCUUCUGUGGAGUCACUCAUGCCUCAAGAACAGAGCCAUAUUAGGACUCUUACUUCAUGGAUUUAAGGAUUAGCCUAACUAAUCCUAUCUUAGGUAGUUUGGUUCCAGACAAAUCAGAGCAACUUUGUUAUUUCUUAUUGCUGCUUUAGAUAGCAUCUUGGGAGUUGAAUUAAACAUUGCUUUUGUGCUGUAUCUGUCUUUUAGUUAUACAUGAAAAUUUGUUACUACAAUUUGGUAUUACAAUUACAAAUGUACAAAAAAUAAUACAAAACAAAUACAAGUUGUUACUACGCUUGAAACUUACUGUUAUUAAUUAGUAUCAUAGUUAAAGUAUUUUGAUUAUGUAUACUUAGCAUUUGAUACCUGUAUUUUGCUUCUAAUUACUCUAAAAAAAUAUAUAACAUUCAUUUGACAAGCCUUUUUUGGUAGGUCAUUCAGUAUAAUGAAGUUAAGUCUUUCAAACUAAAGUAAAGAUUUCUCAAGUAGAAUUAACCACCAGGGCUGUUUUCCAUGGUAAGCUUUAUGCAGGCUUCUCCAAUUAUGUUCACUCUAAAAUGAACCUUCAAAUGCAAGACUGAUUUGGGAAUUUGCUCUACUUGAUAAAUUUAGGAUAUGUAUGUGACCUAGUAGUUCCAGUGUUACUAAAAUUUUAAUGGUAUCAGAUAUAAAUAUGAAAAGCAUUAAAUUAUGAUGUAUAUGUAAGUAUUGAUUUUAAAUAGCUCACAAUUUUUAUUUUUUUUUUUUUCUUGUCAAAUUAAACCAUUUUAAAACAUUGAAACAGUUACCGAGGCCUGGAAACAUGAAUGUUGCAGUGUGUUUCUUGUUAAUG